AUGACUGCUAUUAGUCUGAAACUUGUCCUUGCGUUAUUAGUGCACCGCCUCCGACGGAAGCGCAGGCGCUCCAUGUACGCUCGUGAAAUUUUCGCGGAACGAAGAACCACCGGCGAGUACCACCAGCUAGUGCAAGAGCUGCGGCAGAAGGACCCGGAGUACCAUCUCAAGUAUUUCAGGAUGACCAAGGCCUCUUUUGACAGACUUUUGAGCCUUAUGUACGACCGCCUCAUCCAUCCGCCAAACCACAGGAACCCAAUCGGCCCAGCAGAAAGGCUAGCAGUCGCAAUACGAUUCCUGACAACCGGCGGCUCCAUGUUGGACAUUGCUUUCAGUUACCGCAUGCAUGCGUCCACAGUGUCUGGGAUUCUGAAAGAAACCCUACCUGCUAUUUGGGACUGCCUUUCCCCAGUUGUACUCGCACAGCCAAGCAAAGAUGAAUGGGAGGCCAUUAGAAAGAACUUCGAUUCCAAGUGGAACUUUCCGAAUGCUGUGGGGUGUAUAGACGGCAAACAUUUUGCCAUUACUUGUCCUGAUGGCAGUGGUUCGGAGUUUUACAAUUAUAAGGGUUUUUAUUCAUUGGUCAUGCUGGCUCUUGCAGACGCAAAUUAUCACUUCAUAUUGGUUGAUAUCGGUGCCCAGGGCCGAAUGUCUGAUGGCUCUUUUUUCAGUAAAAGUGCUAUCAGAACGAGUUUUGAAAAUAACACUUGACUUGCCUUCGGGUCACAAUGGCCUGCCACUCUGCAUCGUUGGAGACGCAGCAUUUCCACUGAGGCCCUACUUAAUGCGCCCCUACCCCGGCAGACAGUUGAGUGAAACGAGAAAAGUAUUUAAUUAUAGGUUGUCGCGUGCACGCCGGUGCGUCGAAAACGCAUUUGGAAUUUUAGUCUCUCGAUGGCGCUGCUUCCUCGGAACUGUCAGCGGUGACGUAGCGUUGCUUACAGACAUGGUUAAGGCGGCGGUGUGCCUGCACAACUUUCUUUUGUCUGACAAUGCCUACUGCCCAAAUGAUUA